GAACAGACCAGUGUCCGCAGGUCUUGGCGGCGCAAGCUGUACAAAUGGAAGAGCUCAUACAAUAGAACAAGUUUCUUUGUGGCAUCAUCGGCAACAUGUUGUAGCGAAAGUUACUCAGGGGUAUGGGAACACUGAAGUAAAAACAAAAAUCGCAUCGGAUUUAAGAAAGAUGGCAGCCGCCUUUAUCGCCAAAAAAGGCAAAUUGUUGCCGGAAAUCGCUUUACACAUUGUGCAAAAAGACUGUACAC